AUGUCUAAACACGAAAAGGAAGAGAGCUCACAGAAGCAUCGAAAAGAUUCGAUUGUAAGCUCGAGUCAUGAAUCCUUGGCUAAAUUAAGAGGUUCCUCGGGUAUCAAGGGACUGGUGCAAAAUCCCUAUGUCUUUGCCACCGCCAUUUUCGCUUCCAUUGGUGGCGUGCUUUUUGGCUAUGAUCAGGGUGUAAUUUCCGGUGUUCAGGAAAUGCCGACCUUUAUCGCCCGUUUUCCCAUGAAUGACGCUAUCAAUGGUUUCGUUGUAUCCAUUCUUGAACUGGGUGCAUGGUUCGGUGCUCUCAUUGUGGGGUAUUUUGCCGAUCGUCUGGGUCGCAAAUAUUCCAUCGUCGUGUUUUCCGUGGUCUUUUUGCUGGGCAGCUCUAUUCAAGGUGGUGCUCAAAAUAUUGGUUACCUGCUAGGCGGCCGUUUCGUGACGGGCAUGGGCGUGGGUGCAAUGAGUAUGCUUGUGCCUUUAUACCAGUCGGAGAUUGCCCCACCGGAAAUCCGCGGUUCGCUUGUAUCACUUCAACAGCUGGCUGUUACAUUUGGUAUCUUCAUUUCCUUCUGGAUCGAUUACGGAUGCAACAACAUCGACGGUGAAGCGCAGUGGCGCGUACCUUUGUGUAUCCAGAUCGCCUUUGCUCUGAUUCUCGGUGUCGGUAUUCUCUUCUUCCCUCACUCGCCCCGUUGGUUGAUGUCUGUCGAUCGCGAACAAGAGGCGUUGCAGGUGCUUUCUCAAUUACGUCGUCUUUCCAUCGAUCAUCCGCUUGUGCAAGAAGAAUGGCGCGAAAUCAAGAUUACCGUCGAAUUUGAUCGCGAAGUUGAACGUCAGACAUAUCCUCAUCUUUUGGAACAAGGCAACCGUGGACGUAUGAAGAUCACCGCCUUGAGUUAUCUGGAACUGUUCAAGAAAGCGACUCGAAAGAGACUGUUUAUCGGAUGUGUUAUCAUGUUCUUCCAACAAUUUAUCGGUGUCAAUGCACUCAUCUACUACGCACCCAAGAUUUUCAAAUCGGUCGGUCUUACGGGAGAUACCGUGUCUCUGCUCGCGACGGGUGUGGUGGGUAUCAUCAACUUGGUGUUGACCAUUCCCACCGUUCUUUUCCUCGAUCAACUUGGUCGCAAGCCGAUUCUUCUCGUGGCUUCCGUCGGUCUUACUAUUUCCAUGCUUAUCAUUGCCGUGAUCACUGGUCUCUUUGAGGAUAACUGGGAAGCGCACCGUACCGAAGGCUGGGUGGCCAUUGUCUUUGUGUACAUUUUCAUUGCCAACUUUGCUUACUCCUGGGGUCCCAUUGCCUGGGUCAUUCCCGCCGAAAUCUUCCCUCUGCGUACUCGUGCCAAAGCCAUGAGUAUCUCAACUUCGGCCAACUGGAUGUGUAACUUUAUCAUUGGUCUGGUGGUGCCUCCUAUGCUGAGCAAUAUCAAGUUUGGUACCUACGUGUUCUUCUGCGUCUUUUGUGCAUUAUCCUUCUUCUUUGUCUUGUUCUUUGUUCCCGAAACCAAAGGCCGAAGUCUGGAAGAAAUGGAUGAAAUCUUUGGUGGCCAAGAAGCGGCCAAGGACGACGCCAUCAUGUCCAGAGUCAAGGAACAAGUCGCUCGUACCUCCAUUCCUGGUGUCAAGCCCGAAACCACCCAAACGGGUCCUACUGUCUAA